CUUAAAAUCACACCCUGGGUCUUCAGUGCUUAUCCUGCUUCCACACAAAGCAAACCAGAUCUCACAACAUGAAGCUGCUGUCGAUGGCACUGGCCCUGAUUGUGGCCCUGACUGGCCUUCUGGGCUGGACCAGCGCCAUGCCUGACCCUGACCCGGUGGCUGACCCUGACCCGGUGGCUGACCCGUCAAGAUUCUUCGGCGGGGGCGGUGGCUAUGGACACCACGGGGGAUCCUUCGGCAGGAGAUCCUUCGGCACGGGAUCCUUCGGCAGGGGAUCCUUCGGCAGGGGAUCCUUCGGCAGAGGGGGUCACGGCUUCAACAGGGGUUUCAGUUCCUUUGGCAGGGGCAGAGGUGGCUAUUGGUAAACUAUUUGUUACCUGCGAUUGUAUUGCACCAGAAGCAGAAAAGGAUCUGCUAUCAAGACUUAAUUAGACAUUGUAGUUCCGGUUCUUCCUGUUAUGAUCUGAAAUAAAUUUUGUCAUUUC